UUAUUACAGAAUUGGUGUUAUUACAACCGGUGAAGUUAACGGAAUCCAAUCCACAGUUUUCGAGUAUUCGUCAAUGAACGAACCACAACUUUCUUCUAUUCAUAUCGAUAACGAUGAAGAGGUACCUUAUCUAUCACAAACUUCCAGCUUUGAGCAGCAAAGAAUACAAGUAUGUCUCGAAUUUCAAGAUGUACACUUUGGGGUGCGCCAAUCAAAAGGACUUUUCAACAGAAAGUCAAUAAAUAAGGAAAUAUUGAAAGGAGUUUCCGGAAUAGUAAAACCUGGUCAACUUUUGGCCAUCAUGGGCGCUUCUGGUGCUGGAAAGACGACACUUUUAAAUGUAUUGGCAGGAAGAAUGUCUUCUUCUGGUAACUAUUUUGCGAGUGGAAGUGUGAGGUUGAAUGGAGAAAAGAGAGAAUUUUCUGUUUUCAAAAAGAUUAGUGCCUACGUAAUGCAAGACGACAACAUGUUUGCAGAACUUACAGUGGAAGAACAAGUAACCUUAUCUUGUUUAUUAAGACUACCCAGUAGUAUGUCCAUAGAAAAGAAGAAACAAAGAGUUCAAGAAAUCAUUCAAGAGAUGGGUUUAUCCCAUGUGAAGAAUACCAUGAUUGGUUCUGAGACAAAGAGAGGAGUGAGUGGAGGUGAAAGAAAACGCGUCAGUAUUGCUACGGAACUGGUCACCAAUCCAUCUUUACUUUUCUUGGAUGAACCUACUUCUGGUUUGGAUGCCUUUAAUGCUCGCAAUGUGAUGCAAGCAUUAUUGAAACUCGCACAGUCUGGGAGGACUGUAAUUACCACCAUUCAUCAACCGCGGAGUGAUAUUUUCAAUAUGUUUGAUAUGUUGAUGUUAUUAAGUGAAGGCAAGGUAAUGUAUUUUGGUCCUGCUAAGGAUGCUGUAUCCUACUUUACAAGAAUUGGUUAUUCGUGUCCGGAACAUUACAACCCAGCCGACUUCUUCCUAGAUACCAUAUCACGAGAUGGCCGUAGUGCCGAAGCCGAGCAAGAAUCCGAGAAGAAGAUUGAAUAUCUCUGGCAAUGCUUUGAAGAACAGGGAAAGCAGUUUUCUUUGGAACCUUCAGAGAAGGAGUUAGAAAAAAAUGAUGUGCAAGUUUACAUGAAACCCUCCAAAAGUGAGCUGAAUAGAGAAAAAUUUGCCAAUUCGUAUAUGUUCGAAUUCAUGUUAUUGGCCAAACGUGCCUUCAAAUUGGAAACGAGAGAAAAAGCUUCCAACAUUGCGAGAAUCGCACAGACGCUAUUCUUUGCCGUGUUUCUUGGUCUCAUUUGGUUGAACAAAGGAAGGAACAUUUCAUAUCAUGACUAUGAUGCAAUUGCAGGCAUCUUGUUCUUCUUACUCAUUAAUCAAAGUUUUAUCAGUGCAUUUGGAACAGUCUUUGUUUUGCCACUGGAACGAACCAUUGUAUUACGGGAAAGAGCUAGUGGCAUGUAUCGAGUCUCUGCUUACUAUUUGUCCAAGACAUUAGUUGAGUUACCAAGAAAUGCCCUGCUUUGCAUAGUCUAUAUAUUACUGUUAUAUUGGAUGGUGGGCUUACAUGCCACUGCCAGAGACUUUUUCCUCAGUUAUGUCAUAGUCUAUCUGACCAUUUUAACUGCAGAAGGUUUAGCUUCGGCAGUUGCAUCAAGUGCUCCCAACCCUCAAGUUGCAUCUGCCAUUACUCCUGCCUUUAUUGUCGUCUCACUAUUAUUCGGUGGCUUUUUUCUUAGCAGUGGACAAAUUCCCAAUUACUUUAUCUGGCUUAAAUAUCUAUCCUUUUUCUACUACUCUUAUGGCUCUCUGUUGCAAGUUCAAUUUGAGGAUUGGAGAUUCUAUAAUGGGGCAUCAUGUCCUGCCGAUGGAGUCUGUACUGGUAGUGCAGUUUUACAAAAGCUGGGUCCUAGUCUACCUCUUGGAGGUAACAUAGGUUUGCUCAUUACGUUGCUUAUUUCCUUCCGAGUUUUGACUUAUGGCAUCUUGAGGUUGCGAGGCCCCCGUUUUGAUCAAACUCUAUAGCAUAAUCAUAUCUUCUACAUUUCCUUCGCGUUGUAUAUGUAAUGGAU